CCAAAUUUUACUGGACUGCAUUGAACUACCCUCAACAACCAGUCUCUGUGUCCUGAGAUAAGGCUCUGCCAAGAAAGCCACAUUUUUUCUAUCGCAUUCGACCUUGAAAUUUUCCUCCAAACGCUUGCAUUUAGUGACCUCUCCUUUCUGAAUUGGAGUGGAAUCGGCCUAUCCCAUCGAGUCCCCUAGCGGAGGAAAAUGGGCCUACAGUGAGAAAUUGAAAAUAAGGAUGAGCGCCAUGUCUGAUCCUCCGCUUGUGGAAUAGAGCUGACGGCAGAGCGAAUAUUUCCCGGGCCGGGGGUGCCGUCGGGGGUUCGGUGUGAGUCAUGGCGGACAGCGCUGGGAUUCAGCAAGGUUCGCCGGCCAUCGGGGCAGCGGGCCUGGUCCCGGCCGCUCCUGGAGCCGGGGGCACGGAGGGCUCUGGCGCCGCUGGAGGAUCCGCACGUAUCGCCGUGAAGAAGGCGCAACUCCGCUCCUCACCUCGGCCAAAGAAACUGGAAAAACUCGGAGUGUACUCAUCCUGCAAAGCUGAGGGAGCCUGUAAGUGUAACGGCUGGAAAAGUCAGAACCCCCCUCCUACACCUCCUCGGACGGACCAGCAGUCCAACACAGUCAACCUGCAGGAGCCCUGCCGGAGCUGCUCUCACACAUUGGGUGAUCAUGUGACCCAUCUAGAAAAUGUUUCCGAAGAGGAAAUGAACAGACUCCUAGGCAUUGUCUUGGAUGUGGAGUAUCUCUACACUUGUGUUCACAAAGAGGAGGACGCAGACACUAAACAGGUCUACUUUUCCCUCUUCAAGCUGUUGAGGAAAUCAAUCCUGCAGAUGGGAAAACCGAUGUUAGAAGCGCAGGAGAGUCCUCCAUUUGAAAAACCAAGCAUAGAGCAGGGGGUAAACAAUUUUGUGCAGUACAAGUUCAGCCACCUGCCAUCCAAAGAGCGUCAAACCAUCAUGGAGCUGGCCAAGAUGUUCCUCAACCAGAUCAACUACUGGCAGCUGGAGACUCCCUCCCAGAGACGCCAGAGGGUUCCCAACGAUGAUGCAGCGGGAUACAAAGCCAACUACACCAGAUGGCUCUGCUACUGCAAUGUCCCUCAGUUCUGUGACAGUCUCCCCCGGUACGAGACCACUCAGAUCUUUGGCCGGACGUUGUUGCGUUCGGUGUUCACUGUGAUGAGGAAACAACUGCUGGAGCAGGCCAGACAGGAAAAAGACAAGCUGCCACCUGAGAAACGCACACUCAUUCUCACACACUUUCCCAAGUUCUUGUCUAUGCUGGAGGAGGAGGUUUACAGUCACAGUUCGCCCAUCUGGAGCCAAGACUUCUUGGCAGGAGCGUCAGGAGGGCAAAUUCCUAUCCACACAGUAAUUAGUGCGCCCCCUGUGGCCAGGCCACUAUACUACAGCACCAGUCCCGUAUCAGUGGAUCCCUCCACCUGUGGCAGCGUCAGUCCUGCCAGGAAAACAGCGUCUGUACUCGAGCCAAACCCAGUUGGAGAAAAGCGUAAACCCUCAGAGCCUCUCAACCAUGAAGAAAACAAGAGACCUAGAGUGGUGGGUGACAUCCCCAUGGAACUCAUCAAUGAAGUCAUGGCAACCAUCGCAGACCCAGCUGCCAUCCCUGAGACCAGUCUGCUGUCUGCUCACUCUGCACGUGACGAAGCUGCUCGUUUAGAGGAGCGGCGGGGGGUGAUUGAAUUCCACGUCAUCGGUAACUCUCUGAACCAAAAGCCCAACAAGAGGAUCCUGAUGUGGCUCGUCGGCCUCCAGAACGUUUUCUCUCACCAGCUGCCCCGCAUGCCCAAGGAGUACAUCACACGGCUGGUCUUUGAUCCGAAGCACAAGACGUUGUCACUGAUCAAAGACGGCCGUGUGAUUGGAGGGAUCUGCUUCCGGAUGUUUCCAUCGCAGGGUUUUACAGAGAUUGUGUUUUGUGCGGUCACCUCCAACGAACAAGUCAAGGGUUAUGGGACCCAUUUAAUGAAUCACCUGAAGGAGUAUCACAUAAAGCAUGAAAUCCUAAACUUCCUCACAUAUGCUGAUGAAUAUGCCAUUGGCUACUUCAAGAAACAGGGUUUUUCAAAGGACAUCAAGGUUCCCAAGGCCAAGUAUGUGGGCUACAUCAAGGACUAUGAAGGAGCCACACUCAUGGGCUGUGAACUCAACCCCAGCAUCCCCUACACUGAGUUUUCUGUUAUUAUCAAGAAACAGAAAGAGAUCAUCAAGAAGCUAAUCGAGAGGAAGCAGGCUCAGAUCAGAAAAGUCUACCCAGGGCUCUCCUGUUUUAAAGAAGGGGUGCGGCAGAUUCCAAUUGAGAGUAUUCCUGGCAUACGUGAAACUGGCUGGAAGCCUGUGGGCAAAGGAAAGGAACUGAAGGAUCCAGAUCAGCUGUACAGUACUCUAAAGACUAUCCUCCAACAUGUGAAGAGUCACCAGAACGCCUGGCCUUUCAUGGAGCCAGUGAAAAAAACGGAGGCACCAGGGUACUACCAAGUAAUUCGCUUCCCCAUGGACCUGAAGACCAUGAGCGAGCGCCUGAAGAGCAGGUACUACACGACACGCAAGCUUUUCAUGGCCGACAUGCAGCGCAUCUUCACCAACUGCCGUGAAUACAACCCUCCAGAGAGCGAGUACUACAAAUGUGCCAACCUACUGGAGAAAUUCUUCUACACCAAGAUCAAAGAAGCUGGGCUUAUUGAGAAAUAGACGAGAGGAAGAAGUUUCUCCUCACCUCACUAAAAGGAUAAGCCCUCAGACUGUCUGUGUGGUGGAGAAAUGGUCCCCUGAAUCUGGCUGCGCAGGAUUCAGAAACACUUCACUUUAAAGGCCCAGAUCAGCACUUUCAGUGUUUGAUACACACUGGCCCAGGUCUGGAACCAGUAGCUUGGACUGAUAUUUACACUGAAAGACAGGCCACAAGGGAGGGCCUGUGAGACAUCAAGCAAAGGAAUCAUCAUGUCUUCAUAUUUCAUCACAUCACCAAGAGUCCCAUGAAAAAACAGGACAGAGGGAAGUGUAAUGGUGAUACAUAUUACCAGGACAGAAAGCAUCCAUUAGCCUACUGAUUUCUUUAACGUGUCACAAGAUGACGGCUGAUUCGAGAUUCACCACACACCUUACUCUCCAUUUUUCCCUCCUUUGUUUUUUUAGCCUUUCAUCCCCUGCCUUCUUCAAUGCCUGCCUCAUCCUCUAAGUAGACUCAGGUAGAAUUGUCAUGCGCGGUUAGCAUACCUACAGUGUAGUCAUUAUAGGCGUAGAGGUCAUUAUAACCCAAGUGUUAACUGUGGGGAAUGUGACUGAGUCUAUCUAGCUCUGUUCCUGUAAAUGAGGUCAAAGUUCAUCUAUGAUGAGUUCUUCCUGCCAAAAGAGGAAUACUUACUUUAAUUUGUACAGAUUUGAAUGAUUUCAAAGCACUUAUAUCCACUGUAUAUUUUAAAUGUGUAUAUAACAUAUAUUUUCUGUUUCAGAACUAAAAAGUAAUUUCCCCCCCAACAAGCCGCAUAGGGCAGUUUGUCUGUCAAAAUGCACUUUUAUUUUCCAAGUAUUAGUCAGCAUAAAUAAGAGAAUAGUUUUGGUUUUUUUUACAUUCAAAUUACCGCUGUGGACUAAGGACUAAUUCAAUGAUCUAGAGUUUAUUCUUAUUUAAGUGCUGUAAUUUAAAAGAGUUAUGCUAAAGACAAGGUCUUAAUUUAUUCUUUCUUAUUUUUGUCCUGCAGAUGGAGAUUGAUAACUUUAUACUUUGGAGAUAAAUGAAAAGAUUGUGCAAUACUAUGUAGUUUUGCUGUUUUGUAAAAAGGUGUUUGUACUUUUCAGACUUUAGGGAAAAAAAAUACAUUUUGUAAUGUCUGGAAAACGAAUUCAUGCUCUUUGUACAAUUGGUUUUAAUGACAUAGUAUAAGCCUAUUUUCUAGACUGAAUAAAGCAGAAGUAAGGCUUA